AUGUCCGUGGAGUUGGACAACGACUCAAUAGAGGCUGAGUUGAACAAUGAAAGUGUCGGGAACAACGAGAAUAACAAGGACAAUGACGAUAAUGACGAUAAUGAGGACAAUGAGGACAAUGAGGACAAUGAGGACAAUGAGGACAGUGAGGACAAUGAAUCUACUAAAGCACCGAUCACUACCGACGAGCUCCGGAUCCCCGAUUCACCUCAGAACCCCAUUGUCCAAGAGGAGCCUGCGGCUCUCUCGAGUCCAAUCGAACUGAAAGCCCCGACUCCCCCUCCUGCUGAAACUAUUGAAACCCCAGCGUCUUCUGCACCUUCCGAACCAAAAUCGAGCCCUCAGAAGUCUGUCGCUUCUCGAAUUCCUUUGGAACUGAUGCCACAGCCAACCCCGGCCGGCCGCUGGUCUCACCUCAAACCUUAUGUCGAUGGCGAGUUCCUCCUGUACCCGGAAAAGAAGGGUGGGGACGAGGACGGCGCGAAUGACGAUGCAACCCCAGAAGGAAAGGACACUGAUCGAGAAGGUGCUGACAUGGAACCCAUGGUUGAUGAUCAAGAUGAUGCAGGGCUUGAAGCACCCACGCCUGCACUCAACACGCCUACUCGUGGCUCUCCUGUACCGGACUCAUUAGACCCAACAGCUCUCAAUUCGCCUGCUCCUGCUGGUGAUGCUGAUGAUGAUGCUGACACCUCCGAAUCUCAAGAUCCACUAGAGCGCACUCGAUACUAUAAAUAUCGCAAGCUAAGGGAUCCUGAAGAGUACAUCUCGGCUAUCGAGAAUUACGAAGAUAUGUCCACCGAAGACCUUUACGAGCUCCUCGAAGCUAUUAAUGUCUCCAUGGUCCAGUGGCAAGACGAAUGGAGUGACCUGGGAGCAAUCGUUGACGACUACGAAAAUUCUCUUCGCCGACGAGCAGCUGAUUCCAAGUAUGAAGCCCGCACUCGCAACCUUCACCAGCACGGUGUCAACUAUGAGGAGCCUGAAUUCGCUGUCAAGGGCUACAAGUCUCGCGACAAGGAAGGUCUGACUGAGACUCGAUAUCUCCAAGGACAGGAUCGCAUCAUGGCCGCUACGUACGGCUUUGAGUACGAUCCUCAUCCUUCAAAGAUCGGCAAGCAAAAUCCCGAGACACAACAGGUCGGGGUCAUGACACGCGGUCGAUCUUUGCGGAACCAGCCCAGGCAGACUGCAAAGGCUACAGAGACCGAUGAGGUUGUCGGCAAACGCCAGCGCAAGCCUGUCCAACUCUUCGAUCCUGCAACACAAGAUGUCAGCAGGAGCUCGACACCCGUACCCACUACUCGUGGUGGUCGGCGACGCAAGAAUGCUAACGCCGAGGACGAGCCACAGACCAACCUCGCGGUCAGCUUCAACAGCGACGUUGUCUCGGAUGGAGAGGGCCCCAAGACUAGACGCAAGCGCGGCACUCGUGGCAAGAAUGCCGUGCCAGCAGAAGACGCCGCGCCAACCCCAGAUGCAGAGGAAGCAGCUCAAGAAGAGCCUGUGAAGCCCACUCGUCGUGGCCGUGCCAGACCUGCUGUCAAGUAUGAGGAGGCUGAUCCUAACGAAUUCGUUGACGACGAGCCACAGGAAGAGGAAGAAGAAGAGGAGGCGGAGGAAGAGGAAGUUGAGGAGGCCGAAGAAGAGAAAGAGGAGAAGCCGCCAGUCAAGCGACAUAUUGUUACUCUCAAAAUCCCUAGUGCUUACUUGGCCGAGUUCACGCCUGAGAUGGAGAUUGUCGACAAUGGUGAUUCCCGUCCGACCACUGCCUGCUCCGAGGAAUCUUCUCUUACUGCAGAGUCAUCUUACUCCUUCCGGCCUAAACGGCAGAGGCAUUUCCGUGACAACCCCGAUGGAGGUGAAGAGUCAAGCCAAGCACCGCCCAAAAAGAGAAUGAAACGAACGAGCGGCGGUACCACUGUCACCGAGACUCCAUCUACGGCAUCCACACCUGCUCCAUCUACUGAGCCGGCACAAGUCCCCAGCAACCGCAAGAUUCAGAAGAUCAAGGUUGUAAGAUCUGGCCAGGAUAUCAAGAAUGGAGGAACACCCCAAGCACAGCCAGCCCUACCACCGCCUCCUCCUCCCCAGUCUGCUACUCCUACUCCUAUUCCGGUUGACGACAAUGACGAUACUCCCAAGGACUACAAGUCGAUGACCAAAUCGGAAAAGAUGUCGGCUUCUAUGAAGAAUCGUUGGGCCAACGGAAACAUGGCCGGAGCUGUUGAAAAACGUAAGGCGACCCUGGCGGCUAAAAAGGCUGCUCAAGCGGCAGCCGAGCAAAGAACAGGCGUCGUCGCUCCAAAGCCGAAGGGCAAGGCCCCAGUCAAGAGAGAAUCUGGUCUUAAGAUGCAGAUGGUACCAGAACAGCCUCAGAUGCCACCGCAGCAGCAACAACCACCACCUCCGCCUCCGCCCAUGCUUCACCAGCAACCACCCAUGCACCCUCACCAACAUCAUCACCAUCACCAAUAUCCCGUGCACCAUCAGCACUCUCAGCAUCACCACCAGCACCCUCCUCACCCAGCUCAUAUGCAGCAGAUGCACCAACCUCAUCCUCAGCAUCUGCCCCCUCCCCCUCCUCCGCCACACCAGCCUGGAAAUCCACCUCCUCCCUUUAUGCAUAGCCAUGGCCAACAUCCCAACCACGGACAUGGCCAUGGUAUGCCGGGUAUGGGAUAUCCCUAUCAAUGA